AUGGCUAACGACAUUCUUUUAGCAGGUAUCGACACUGCUGCAAUUACAAUGACAUGGGCAAUGACAGAACUUGCUAAAAACCCUAGAGUGAUGAAGAAAGUUCAAUCUGAAAUCAGAAACCAUAUGGGUAACAAAUCCAUGAUUAGCUUGGAUGACACGGAUCAGCUAAGUUACCUGAAAAUGGUGAUCAAAGAAACAUGGAGACUACAUCCUCCAGCACCUCUUCUGUCCCCAAGAGAAGUAGUGUCUGAAUUUGAGAUCAACGGCUACACGAUACAACCCAAGACACGGCUUCAUGUGAAUGUUUGGGCUAUAGGGCGUGAUCCUAAUACCUGGAAAGACCCAAAAGAGUUUCUUCCCGAGAGGUUUAUGGAUAGUGACAUUGAUGCAAAAGGACAGAACUUUGAGCUGUUACCGUUUGGGGGUGGCCGGAGAAUCUGUCCUGCUAUUUACAUGGGAACAACAAUGGUGGAGUUUGGUCUUGCAAACAUGCUGUAUAAUUUUGAUUGGAAGUUACCAGAAGGCAUGGUGGUUGAAGAUAUCGACAUGGAAGAAUGUCCCGGACUUACUGUGAGCAAGAAAAGUGAGCUUCUACUUGUUCCUGUGAAGUACUUAGAUCAUUGAACACUGAAACUAUGUUCUUCAUCGAUUGUACCAUAGAUAUAACGAAAUUAUUUUUCCUUUGUGUGUCGUCUUAUACUGGUUAACGAAUUGUUUCACAAAAUGUUUAAGAGAGCCAAUACUGAAUUUAGCUUUAUAAAACGAAUUUCCUUUAUG